AUGGAUCACUCUAAACAAGCUCUCAAGAAGAUGUUUUUGAAGCAAAAAUUCUUUGCCGUCGUUCAACCUUCUGUGCCUCAAAUGACUACGGUGGGAAACGUUUUGAAAGUUUUUCAGAAGAUUCGAGACGAAUUUGCGGAUAUCGACGAUUCAGAAUCCAAAAUGGUGAGAGCAGAAUUUAAUGGCAUUCGCCGAAGCUUCCAUCAGUUUGACGAAUACGAAAAUGAUGAA